AUGGACGAUGCGCAAGAAAUCCAUAAUUAUCCUUUUGAUUCAAUUAUCAAGUUUAAACAACCAAAUCGUAGUUUUUUAUAUAAAAUUAUCAAAGAAGGCACAUAUCCUAAUAAAGGCAAUAACCAAUGUACAAUUCAAUGUUCUAUUAACUAUAAUAAAGAAGGUCCAGUUUUUCAAAUAUGUUUUGGAAAAUACUUCGAAUAUGAAGUGUUUUCUACUAAAACAGUUACAGAUGCUGCAAAUUUAUUUCAUAAAAAAUAUAUACCAGAAAAAGGAACUAAAACAUCGGGAGUAUAUUUAUUUGGCCUUCAUCUCAGAGUAUUAAAUGAAGCAAGAAAAUCAAAUUGA